CCUCGACCCGAGCAGGGUGACAACAGAAGACUCAUUCAUACAGCUCUGUUGUAGGGUGUGUCACCCCGUUGUCCUUUAACUUGUCAGGAAAAUUAAUAUUGAGACUCAGAGUAAAACUAAAGGCUCAACGAGAUUCGCAUAUUUUUCUUGCUGCAUCUCAUUCACUGUUGGCCACUGCUUUAAUAGUAACCUAAUAUAAUGACUCCUUCAGGUCGGCUGGCUAAAAAACUUUGGCACCGUAUUUCUAUUGACAUAAUAAAACAAGACGUGAUUAGCACACUUACUGGUGCUUUAGAAGAUCCAGAUGUUUUUUAAAUGUUAAUGAAAGAACUCAGAUCAGCCUCUGGCCCUCACGUGCUCCAACCAGAUUCAAAUGUGCUGAAUCAAAUCAAUAAGGUGACGGCUCGACGCAACUUAGGUCUCACGAACUUGGCUGUGAAGAAAUAAUUUAUUCCCUUCUCAUGAUGCAGAUUGUGUAGGCCUAGCCUAUGUGAAGCAUGUGGGUGCGUGGCACAGGUCACUUUGUAGGCCAGCUCAAUGUAUCGUAAUUAAAUGAUUUAAUAUCAGCAGACUAACAGAAUGAUUUUACAGACAAAAGUGAAGGCUACAUAGGCCUACGGUUUGAACAGACUUUUUUUUUUCCUCCAGUGUUUUGUUCAAUGUGGCCACGAUUUUCUUCGCACCAUUAAACGACACAAUUUUGCGUUUUUUUGUGACAAAAGAACAGCAAUACGCAACUUUUACCUGUGGUAGUUGCUUUAUUUUGCACGCACUUGUAAAAGCACUAACUCUGGUAAUACUAAUUGGCAUUGACCAGUGACCUUUGUAAUUGUGAUUUUCACGUGCAGACUAACCUUAUAUUAACUUAGAAGGAACAUUAUUAUAUUCAAAAGUUCAGGUGCAGAUUUAUUUCAAAUCUUAAACAUCACGACGCCAUAAACAAAAAAGGCUACAGAAAAAAGUGUAUCAGGAAAGAGGAGCAGUGAUGCCUUCACCCUUACCAGCUUGACAGGAAACAUACCGCCUCACUAAUAUUUAAUUAUUACCGACACAAAUCCACGAUGGUUUGCUUAUUUUAUUGCGUAGCAGCAUAUUAUCUGGCCUAUAAUUAGAAGGUCGCUUCUCUUUUUUAACCCUUCUCAGUAAAAAGCAGCUUCCUCCUGCCUUCAUUUGCACACAGUCCCUCUGUGUUUUCACCUCCCACACACCUUUUCUGCACAGAUUCGGGGGGAGGGGUUUGGUCAAUGCACCUGCACCUUUUCUCCUCCAUUUCCUCCCCUCUGCUCAGCCUGAAACGUGCAGUCCUCUUUACGUCCUCGUCAAACACGGUCGGUCCAUCCAGCUGCAGUAGUUGCUUUGAGGCCUCAGACAUGCUCGGUGCUUUUGUCUACGCGCUCGUUUCAUUAUAUCCGUUUUUUCAUCGCUUGUCUGCGGCAGCCCACCCAUCAGGUCACGAGGAUUCACCGUGGUUCAUGGGAUGCGUCAACGACAGCAACAGGCUUUAUGCAGCCAAAGGUGGACGUGACCUUGACCCGGUAACCUGCUGUGCACGUUGCCUGGAUGAGGGGUACCAGGUUGCAGCGUUGACCUCAGAGGGUUGUUACUGCGACAACCGGCAACACGGCUUGGUGGCCAGAGAGUGUUUCAACACAUCUUCCAAAGGAGGGACAAAGGAUGCCAGAGGAGAAAGUGAAAGACAAAGCAUGCCUGCUGGAGGUGGACCAGGAAGUGUGGCACUCUACAGAACUGAAGGACCAUUCCUGCACAGCGUUCGGCUGUCUACUUCUCCAGACAGAGUGCAGGCUGGGAAGGCUUUUGUCGUGGAAGUUUCAGGAAACCUGGCUGGACGCCCCAGCCAGCCCACAGGAAUUCUGGGUCUGAGAGGGCAGGAUCUCUCUCAUGUCACUGUUGAGUUUCAGGAAACAACCCCUAGAGGUCAAAGUUCACAUCGUGUGAAUUUGUUGGAUGACGGUUCCUUUGUUGUGUCAUCUGAUUGGAUUUUGGAAACUCCGGGAAAAUAUGAACUCAACGUCAGUGUCUCCAACCCCCUCUCCACACUCUCCUCCACCCUCCAGCUCUCUGUCUUGCAUCACUCCACAGACAGCUUGAUGAUCUCUGUUCUUCAUGGGCCCCUGGGUGUCCCCUCCUGCAUCCCGUUCCUACAGACAGGCUCCAAGAGCGAGGCAGUCGAGGCAGCGUACCUGGGCGACCCUGUCACACUGCAGGCAUACACAGCUGAUGGUCCGCCGCUAGAGUUUAUUUGGUGGUUUGCUCACAAGGGAAAAGAGAAGAACACAGAGGGUGUAAAGACAGCUUGCCUUCCCAACUCAGGCUGUCUGAACAGCACCGUGAACUGGACCUUUGAAACAGAGGGAGUUCACAUGGUGUCAGUGAACGCCUCCAGUGCCUUUGGAUGGACACAGGAGACGAUAUAUGUUGCGAUUGUGCGUCUUGCCGUCUCUGACCUCAGAGUGAGUGCGCCGGGGGAUCCGCUAAUGGCCGGGGAAGGCAUUUCUGUAGACGUGGAGCUGUUCACCACGAUGAAGCACCUACUCGCCCUCGACCUCUCGCUGAAUGCUGAGGUCAGCAACAUUGGCAUGAGGGAUAAUUUAAGCAACACUGACGGUGGAGACUUUAGUAGUGACAAUAAAAACAUCAGUGACAAAGCUGAAAAUCAUUCAAGCAAAAACUCUCACCAGGAAAACAGCAAGGAUCACAACUGCAGCAGCAAUUAUCAACUCAACCAAAACCACCAAAACAUCUAUUUUCAUGGUGCCACCCACUUAUAUGUUGACUCUGAUGCCCACCACUUCACCUCCCUUCAUCUCCUCCACACCUCCAAACGCUCAAGCUGCCAUUUGCACCUCCACCUUCACUGCCGCCUCCCCACCACUGCAGGACAGUAUCGCCUCACAUCGUCUGUUCUCUCCAAUUCUGACCCUUCGUCAGUGCUGCUCUCCACCGUCCUGCCUCGACCCUUGAUGGUGUACGAACACAUAUGUGCCCUGAGGCCUUCUGGGAGUUGGAAGUCAGUGGUUUCAACACGCUCAGAACUCAGCCUGGAGGUCGUCAGCCCUGCGAACCGAAUGGGGUCAAAAGUGAUUUGGACUUUUAGUUUGGAUAGUGUUAUUGUGAUGAGCAGGACGACUGAAGAAUGGAACGUAAAUGUGUCUCUUGCUGUAGCAGGCCGUUAUAAAGUGACAGUUAAGGCCUUUAACCCAAUCAGCUGGGCCUCAUUCUGCACACACAUCCUCGCUCAAGACCCGGUUGGAGGGUUGGUGUUGAAUGUUCCCAGUGUGAUCACAGCACAUCAAAUGUACCCCGUUUUAUUUAGCGUCACUGCAGGGUCAAAUGUGACUGUGUCUCUGCUGGCGAAUGCGACUCUUCUCUACAGAAACAGCAGCUACACGACAGGUGAAGAGGCAACAGUGGUUUUGCUUCUCAACCACACCAGGACAGUUGCGGUGGAGCUUCGAGCUGAAAAUCAAGUGUCUUCUCAGAACAAAAGCCUAAGAGUGUGUUUUGACAGGAACAGGAUGUUGUUACCACAAGUUAGAGCUAAUGCAACGUGGCAACCACCUACCAGUCAAAGUCCUGUUCACAGCCUCGCAGACAAUGUGCGGAUUUAUGCAACAAAGCAAGCUUACCCCACAAAUACAGAUAUAACUUUCCUGGCUGUGGCUGAAGUACCAGACCCUGUAGAGUUCCUCUGGCACUUUGGAGACUCUAGAUCAGCCAGAACCACUUUAAGGACCGUCACUAAAAGAUACCAAAAACCUGGCAGGUAUGAUGUAGUUGUAGUUGCGAUGCCAGUUGGCCGGGCCUCCCUCACCUCCGAUGUGUUCUCGCUGGUAGUCCAGAGAGCAGUGAAGCUCAACAGGCUGCUCCACCAGGCUUCUGUCCUGCCGAACCAAACGGUGGUGGUGAGUUGCUGGGUCAAUGUGGGGACUGACAUCAGCUUCCUGUGGAGCUUCGGAGACGGUUCAUCCAGGCCGGGACAGAGCACAGAACAGCACGUCUUCCACAGGACAGGAGAAUUCAGAGUGCAAGUAACCGCGUCCAACCUGGUUAGCUCUGCCUCUCUAUCUAGUCACAUCUUUGUUGUGGACCGGCCUUGUCAGCCUCCACCAGUCAAAAACAUGGGUCCUCUAAGGCUACAGGUGAGAAGAAAUGAGGUUAUCCAUCUGGCGGUGACGUAUGAGACUGAAGUUGACUGCGAUGUUUCAGGAGGCCUUGACUACACCUGGACCUUGUUUGACUCUGCAGGACAGGUCUUCCCUUUGCCUCUCAUAGCCACACACAGGCAGAACCUUGUUCUGCCAAGCCAUCUCCUGCACUAUGAUACCUACACUGCCAUAGCCAGGGUUCAGGUCGUCGGCAGUGUGGUGUACAGUAACUACAGCGUGAGAGUGCAGGUGAUACCAAGCCCUCCUGUGGCCUUGAUCCAGGGUGGCACGAACAUCUUCAUUAAGAACAGGAACACCACAGUGGUAACCCUGGAUGGGCAGAGAUCUUACGACCCUGACUUCCCCAUGAACCCAGUCAGCUUCAGUUGGACAUGUAAACCAGUGAGCUCAAUCACCACAUCCUGUUUCCACCAUGACAUUCCAACGUCAUCCCCUGUGCUCGUAUUUCCUGCUAGUUUCCUAAAACGCAACUUUGACCAGUUCCGGUUCACGCUCACCAUCCACAGCGGUGAGCGGUCAGCUUCAUCAGAGACCUUCCGCACAUUAACAUCGAAUGUGAUCAGGAUGGUGUCAGUUUACUGCCCUCAGUGCCAGGGAGACCAGGUGAACUGGGAUCAGUCUUUCUCUGUCAGCGCCUUGUGUGAAGGCUGUGAUAUUUCCCCAAAAUACACCCAGUACACCUGGAGCCUGUACUUGGUCAAUGUGUCCUCCAAACCUGUCAUAGAAGUCCCGUUUUGUUACACAGUGCAUCUUGGUGCUCCGUCUACCAUCGUGGAAGGUCCUGCCACUUCCCUGCAUCCACCUGCUACAGAUGCUUCACAGCACACCCAUCCUGUCAAUAACUCUCUGAUUAAGAAUGCCUCUGAAACUACAGCCAAAAAGCUAAAUCUGAAUGUGACUGACAGCGGAACAUUAUCGAAGAAUAACAGAAAGAAGUCAGCUGUCUCUGGUUUGACAGAACCUGAGCUGUCGGCUUUCUCUUCUCUUGUCAACACAAGAACAGCAGGAUCAGGAGAGGAGCCUUUUUAUCUCACUCUGGGGGAGUUUGACCCUCCAGAGCCUUUGUACUCCUACACUGAAUACCAGACUCUUGCCCUUGACAACAGUGGCGUCCUGUAUUCAGACCACUUUGGCAAGAGUGACGUUAUCAGUGAAUUGCCAAUUGAUUCUGACUCCUCUGCUGACUGGGACUUUUCCUUUCCUGUGCUGGAGAGCGAUGACUACGGAGGAAGACCAGCUGAAUAUAUUACAGAUUCAGUUUAUGAUGUUCCCUUGAUGAGCGCAGAGGAAGGAGACCCAGGGAUCUCAGCAGGAAGACCCACAGAUGUGGAUGGUGAGAGCUUAACUCCAGGAGAUGAUUCAGCGUUUCAUCCAGCAUUGCACGAAGAUGAGGGGAGUAAUCUGGUGGAUUCCAGGCCAUCUGUCAUGAUCCAGGAGCCGAUCUUGCUCGAUUUAACUCGGGACCCGGUAGACAGAGGCCUUUUUGAGUCCUACACUUACACUGGAAUUUCCUCCCCUUUACUCAGUUUCAGACCUUUCAGUCUGAGGCCUGGGAGCAGAUACAUGUUGGAAGUUACUGCCAAAUCUCGUGAUAGUUUCCUGGGCCGGACUCAGCUAUUCUUAAAAACCAACCCUGCCCCAAAAGGUAUGACGUGCCAGGUGCAACCAAUCGAAGGAAUGGAGUUAUACACACAUUUCAGCAUCUUCUGCACCUCAGGGAAAGAGGACUUACUGUAUGAGUACAGCAUGAGCGUAGGAGACAGACCUCCCAGGAUGCUGUAUCAGGGGAGAGAUUUCCAGUACUACUUCAGCCUUCCUUCUGGUGACCCCAGUGACGACUAUAAAGUAACUAUUUAUACAGAGAUUAGAAGCAGCACAUAUGGGACGGCCACCAAACCCUGUCCUGUCACGGUUCAGGUCCAGCCAAGCUUCCUCAGAGACACCACUUCUUCUUCUUCUUCUUCUCAUCUUGAUCCUGAUCUGGAGCUUUCAGAGUCAGGUCUGAGGAACCUGUCAGCUCUCGUGCGGCUUGGGAACAGUGUGGAGAUCCGUAACUACAUCAGUCUCCUCUCCAGCAUCCUGAACAGACUCAGCCUGGACGCAGAUGCCAACACACACGCACAGAGACGCACACGCAAUGUGCUCAUUUGCACAGUGUGUAAGCUCGGGAGCAGUGAACACGCGUCAAUGUUGGACAACAUCUUCAUCCUCAGAAACCUUUUACAAGUUACAAGUCAGGUGACAUUAGCGAGUGCAAGACGAGUGACAGUUCACGUUCAGGUCAUCUCAGAGCAGCUUUCCAAGCCCAGCAGUGCAGUCUGGAACGAUCAGGACCAGGAGACGCUCACCACUCUGGUCACCCUGCUCUCUCACAGCCUGCAAGCUGCUGUCACUAAUAAUGGCUUCACACCAGAAAUGUCCAACAGUGCUGACAUUACACAGGCAUUAGGAUCAGACUCGCAUGAUGGAAACUUCAGAAAUGCCAUAGCACCUUCUAGUGGCUGCAUACCAGACUCAUCCAGUGGUGUUUACAUACAAAGAGGCCGAUCGAUUUCAACAAAGCAGACGGUGCAGCUUGUAGCUGAUAUUCUGCAGACUGCUUCAGACCUGAUGCUGAAAUACCUCUUGUUCCACAGGACCCAUGAGCACAGAGUCAGCACCGAUCUUAUCUCCUUAUAUGCCACAUACCAAAACCAAACCUCCGGGGUCGUCAGCAGUGGCUUGACCGCCUUCUACAUGCCAGCCUCCCUGAUCCAGCUUCUGUUUGGCCGUCGCAGUAGAGAGACUGGGCGUAGACGUCAUCAACCAUGUGUGCUCUGCAUGCUAACUGAGCUUACCCACAGCCCUUACACCUGGGCCCACUAUCCUGGAAGGCUGAGUGGACCAGUGGUUCACCUGAGUCUGUACAAGUGCAGCACGAGGAGAAAGAUCCCUGUUCCUUCCCUCGUGACAUUAGCGAGUGCAAGACGAGUGACAGUUCACGUUCAGGUCAUCUCAGAGCAGCUUUCCAAGCCCAGCAGUGCAGUCUGGAACGAUCAGGACCAGGAGACGCUCACCACUCUGGUCACCCUGCUCUCUCACAGCCUGCAAGCUGCUGUCACUAAUAAUGGCUUCACACCAGAAAUGUCCAACAGUGCUGACAUUACACAGGCAUUAGGAUCAGACUCGCAUGAUGGAAACUUCAGAAAUGCCAUAGCACCUUCUAGUGGCUGCAUACCAGACUCAUCCAGUGGUGUUUACAUACAAAGAGGCCGAUCGAUUUCAACAAAGCAGACGGUGCAGCUUGUAGCUGAUAUUCUGCAGACUGCUUCAGACCUGAUGCUGAAAUACCUCUUGUUCCACAGGACCCAUGAGCACAGAGUCAGCACCGAUCUUAUCUCCUUAUAUGCCACAUACCAAAACCAAACCUCCGGGGUCGUCAGCAGUGGCUUGACCGCCUUCUACAUGCCAGCCUCCCUGAUCCAGCUUCUGUUUGGCCGUCGCAGUAGAGAGACUGGGCGUAGACGUCAUCAACCAUGUGUGCUCUGCAUGCUAACUGAGCUUACCCACAGCCCUUACACCUGGGCCCACUAUCCUGGAAGGCUGAGUGGACCAGUGGUUCACCUGAGUCUGUACAAGUGCAGCACGAGGAGAAAGAUCCCUGUUCCUUCCCUCGUUCAUCCAAUAAACAUUGAGCUGCAACAACCACCAAGAAACCAGAAGAGCUCUGUGCAUGAGUACGUCCUCCUGCGCAGCCAGGUCAACUACCACAGCUUCAACAUUACCCAGGAGCACUUGCAGCAGGCCAUCCAGCUGAGUAUAUCAUUCACACCACCGCUCAACAAGGCGUUUCCCAUCAUGCUGCUCUUCAGGAUGUUUGUGAGGCCGACUCCCAGCAUGCACCAUCUGCGCAGGAUUCAUCGCUGGGAGAGCAAUACCACUCGCUUCACUCUGCCCCCACCCUACCUCAGUGCUGCAGGGGUUGGUCAUCUUGCCCUGCUGAAUGCUGAUUUUGGGAAAGCAACUAGACACAAGCACCUGAGUGAGCAGGUCAGUUACAGUCUCUCAGUGGACAGCAGCCUGUGUUUGUCCUGGGACGACCACCCAGGGGCCUGGACUGACCAUGGCUGCAGGACACGGCAAGCAGACUCGACUACUACAGUCAAUUGCAGUUGUCACCAGUUGAGGCCGCUGACUGUAGUGCAGCAGCAGAUCCAGAGCAGCCAUGACACAACCAACCUGGACCCGUUCCUAAGUGUGUCCAGUGAUCUGACAGUGUUGGCUGUGCUGGUGCUGUGUGUGUGCCUGUACUUCGUUGGGUUGGCGGUGUGUAAGAGAGCUGACGUUGUCUACAAGGCGAAUCGGAGAGUACACUACCUUUCUGACAACUCCCCAUGUGACCCAUAUCUUUAUGCAGUCACAAUCCACACUGGUCUCUGCUCUGCAGCCUGCAUGAGUGCAAAGGUUUAUGUUGUGCUGAAUGGUGAAGAUGGGGUUUCGCAGACAAGAGAACUUAAAGUCCCAAGAUGCACCCUGUUCAGGAGAAACUCUCAAGACACCUUUAUAUUCAGUGCAGCAGACAGCCUGGGUCCAGUAUGGGGGGUUCACAUCUGGCAUGACAACUCUGGACCCUCCCCGAACUUGUACCUCAAACAGGUGGAGGUAUCUGAGGUGAACAGAGGGCAUGUGAAGGGACGCGCUUGGCUCUUUGUCGCUCAGUGCUGGUUGGCCAUGAACAAAGGCGAUGGCCGGGUGGAGAGAAUGCUGCGAGUUUGCACUCAGGGAAUGGGCUUUGCUAAGAUGUUACGUCUCAAGCUAUCUGACUACUUGGCCGACCACCACAUCUGGAUAUCUGUGCACAGCUGCCCCUGCCCUAACUCGUUCACACGCACUCAAAGGCUUAGCAUGAGUCUGCUGCUGCUGUUGGGGUACGCAUGUGUCAACACAGUAAUCAUAUCACAAAUGGACGAUCAGUUGCCUUUCGAGUUGGGCUUUAUUGAUGUGUCACCUGUUUCUGUGACGACCGGAGUAUUAAGUGUGGUGGCAGUGUUGCCUGCAGCGGCAAUAAUAUCCUUCCUGUUCCGACUGCGUAAGGUCAAGCGGACAGGGUCAGGAGUCCAACACGCAAAGGGCAGAAAGACUGAAAAAUACUUUGUUGAAGAUGCCCUUUCAGUAUCUGACGGUAUAUUUGAGCCCCAUCUCUCUUGGAGCGGUCUUCAGCAUUGGGUGCAGGAAGCCUGGAGGAAGAAAUACCAGGGUACAGAUCUGCCGCCAGCGUCCGCUGCGAAUCUGGCAAAUAAAAACACAGAUAAAGAACCUGGAAUCCAAACAGAUGUGGUCAUAAGAAAGGAGGACGCUCUGGUGCUUGAGAACAAUACGGGACCAGCGCGUCAAAAUUUGUUGCCGAUUACUGAGGGGAACAAUGUUGAAUCAGCGCCUCAGGGAAAAGAGUGUUAUCUUUUAAGUGAAAGCAGCGGCUUUCAUGGAACCCAGAGCGCUCUUUUGUCCGGUGCGAGGGAUGGAGGUCAUGCUAUUCAGAAGGAGAAUCAUCCUCGAAGGAAAAGGAAGGAAGGCAGCCAUCACCAGGCAGCGUGGUCUGGUCACAGCAGUUGUUACCACAUCGUCAGUGGGCUGAAAGGGAGAGGACCAGUAUCUCAGUGGUGUCACUGUUUGGCCUGGACGCUCUGUCUGCUGUCAUCCCUCUCUUGCCUGGUGCUCUCUGCAGUGCUGGGAAUGAGGUUCAGCAGCAGCAAGGUUCUGCUAUGGAUACACUCGCUUUUCUUCUCCCUGAUGUCUUGCAUCUUCUUCAUCCAACCAGCUGUGAUCUUUACAGUGGCAGUGGCUGUGUCCUUCUGGUACAGGAAAAGAGCAGACUUUCAUAGUUUCUCCAGUAUAAGAGAGUUUGAAAUAGAGACUUCACAUCUGCUGAGCCACAAUUGUGAUAAACAACAAGAAGAGAAGUCUGGGACAUCUGCCUUUCCUCAGGAGAGAUGCUCAUACAUUGAAAAGCUGCUUGGUGCUCGUCAGCGAGCCCGGUACCUCCGUCUUGUGCGCCCACCGGCUCCAUCAGAGCUGAGGAAAACUCGUGGGAAGGAAAGGAGACAGGCGCUUCUCCGCCACACGCUCAGGGAUUUGUCUGUCUGUGGCUCCAUGCUUUUCCUGAUGCUGUGUAUAAAUUAUGGCAGCUCAUUCACUGACCAUUACCGCCUCAAUAAAGCUGUCAGGAAACAGUUUAUAUGGGGCCACGAUAAUGCAUUUAUGUCCAUACAAAAGCAGGAGGACUGGUGGAAGUGGGCACAGACCAUUCUCCCUAAUUUACUGUACAAGAAUGUAUCAGCCACGACUGAGUCACGCAUUUUAAUUGGAAAGCCAAUACUGUGGCAGACGGAGGUGUCGAGCUCAUUACAAGGCCAGCUCUCUAGUGUGACUCUCGUACCAGAAUGUCUACGCUUAUUCUUGUCUGGGAGCCAAACAUCCACUUAUCCACAAUCCAGUGCAACCAUUGGCUUAGGCCACACGAAGUCUGACGCAGCGUCCAAACUGAAGCUCCUGCAUUCAGGUGGCUGGCUGGGCAGACAGACGUUGGCUGUGAAGGUCCACUUCACCUUGUUCAGCCCUGCACCCAACUUGUUCACCAGUGUGACUUUGCUCGCUGAGCAGAGCCCCACCGGUGUCCUGCUGCCCUCUGCCAAAGUCCAGUCAGUAAGGGUGUACCACACUCCUGCUGUGUGGGACUAUGUUGUUAUGGUGUGCCAGCUCCUUUUUCUUCUGCUGUCUCUGCUGCAACUCUGUGAUCAGCUGUACACUGUAGGGCAGCAAGGGCUGAUGGGAUACUGGAGGAAACCUGGCAACUGGCUGGAAGUCAGUUUGCUGACAGUAACCCUAGUGUACUAUGUUUAUUACAUCUAUCACUCCGGUAUGAUCUUGGAGGUUGUGGAGCUGCUGCAGAGACCCAACUACAAAGGACAUGUCGACGUCAGCCUCCUGGCUACCUGGGAACAAGAUAUUCGUACUCUGCGCAGCGUCACGCUCUUCCUCCUCACCAUGAAGUGUGUGACUGCGCUGAAGGUGAACAGGACCAUGGCCACCUCUGCUACACUGCUCGCUCGCUCACUCUCCAGCCUUUUCUGGCCAACGUUUACCUGUCUUAUCCUGGUGGUGGCGCUGUCCUGCAUGGGGAACCUCCUUUUCGUGCAAAGCUCCGGGGCCUUCAGCUCACUUUCCCGCUCCCUUCAGACUCUGCUCUGCCACUGCUGGGGUCUCAGGGCUGUUAGGGGCCUCCUCCUCCCUGGGCGGGAUUUCCUUUACGGUGGAAUUCUCUGCCUGUCAUCCACUAUGGUGUGGACAGUAUUGGCGAUAGGUGUGGUGUCCUCAUUGGUCAGAAGUGCUAAAAGAUCACAAAGCAGGGGGAAUGUCUUCACCUUGGCAGAGUUAGUCAGCUACAUCAGACAUCAGAUGAUCUCUGGACAGCAUAGAGAAGCAAGGAUUGAAAAUCACGGGGAAGGGAAGACGUAUUACUUAGAGGAGUUUGAAAGCUUAGUGGAUGAACUGCUGUUCAGACUCAACGCCCUCUCAGACAGUCUGCACCACACUCUGCCCCCCAAAGCCCACCGCUACAGGGAGGACAGUCCUGUCAGCUCACCCAUACAGGAGCCCUCCGACAUGGACGCACAGGACUUUGUAAAAUCACAGGUGACAGAAGAGACAGAGACAGUCACUGGCUGUGGAGAAACCCUACCUGCAUCUCACCUGCUCAGGUCCGCGCUUGACCGGGAGAUCCUGCAGUUCCUGCAGCAGCAAAGCCAAAAGAGUGACCAUUCCCCCUCAGACAUGGCAUCAGAUAAUUCACAACAACCUGGAACAAGAGCGGAAGAAAAUCCAAACGAUAAAGAGCUCCAGACUUAUUUAAAGGCACAAAACUACCUGCCACUCCCGGAGUCGGCAUCGCUCAUCAAUGUUUGGACAGAAGAUGUUUUGGAGGAGCAAGUUGACCAGUGGACUAAAACAAAUGACAGUAGCUGGUUACGUAAAAUUCAGGCCAACCACACAGAGGUGGUGGUGGUGGAAGUUCUGGUCCAUGAGGAGCCUGGGAGUGUAGAAACAAUGAGUUUCUAAUAGAAUCUGCAUUUUCUAUUACAUUACACUGAUACUGUACUGUAUGUAAUAAUUAAUCCAAUUUUGGAUUUUUGGUACUUCAAAACUGGCAUUGUUGCAAAAACUUUAUAACUAGUUGUUUAUGACUUUGUAGUUGAUUAACAGUUUACAAAACACAAGUACACCUUCGUAAUGUAUAAAUAAAAAUGCAUUCUUGGUUGCAAGGUUGUAGAUAAAAUGUCAUUAAUAAAGAGAUUUUUCCCUUUCACAAUAAGGAAUCAAAUGUAGUCUGUAGUUAGUUAUCAGUAAAUGUAUUUUAGUUUGGAUGCUCUGCAGUGUCUGUCCUGAUUCCUUUAGAUCUGACUAGAUGUUAUCAUGCAGUAAAGGAUCCCAUUAGUUAGUGUACAUCCCCUCCAACACCAGAAUCAGAAUCGAGUUUAUUGCCAAGUAGGUUGUCACAUACAAUUUGCUUUGGUAUUUUUGGUGCAUAACAAUAACCAUAGAACAGUCCUGGGAAUUUGUCUGAAAUAUACCCUCAAGAAAUUGCAUUUUUACUAAAUAAAUAUUUUACAC